CUUUGAGCAUCCCUGGCCAGCCAGGCGGGAGGUCCCGGAGCUGUGGCUCCGGCGGCAGCGGCUCGUCUCGCCCUCGACAUGGCCAGCAUCGGAGAGGACACAUCCAACGAUGGCGAUGCGCCCCCUGCAGCAGCCGCGGUGGCAGAUGGUGCCCACCUCCUGGGCUUCUCGGAUGAGAUCCUCCUGCACAUCCUGAGCCACGUCCCCAGCAUAGACUUGAUUCUGAACGUCCGGCGCACCUGCCGGAAGCUCGCAGCGCUGUGCCUGGACAAGAGCCUCACCCACACGGUGCUGCUGCAGAAGGACUAUGAGGCCAGCGAGGACAAGGUGAAGCGGCUGGUGACGGAGAUCGGCCGGGAGGUCCAGCAGCUUAGCAUGGCCGGCUGCUACUGGCUGUCGGGCAGCACGGUGGAGCACGUGGCCCGCUGCCGCGGCCUGGUGAAGGUGAACCUCUCGGGCUGCCACCUGACCUCCCUGCGCCUCUCCAAGGUUCUGUCGGCCCUGCAGCGCCUGCGCUCCCUGGCCAUCGACGUGAGCCCCGGCUUCGAUGCCAGCCAGCUGAGCGGCGAGUGCAAGGCCACGCUGAGCCGCGUGCGGGAGCUCAAGCAGACGCUGUACACGCCCUCGUACGGCGUGGUGCCCUGCUGCACCAGCCUCGAGAAGCUGCUGCUGUACUUCGAGAUCCUGGACCGCACGCGCGAGGGCGCCGUGCUCUCGGGCCAGCUCAUGGUGGGCCAGAGCAACGUGCCGCGCUACCAGCACCUGCGCGUCUUCUACGCCCGCCUGGCCCCCGGCUACAUCAACCAGGAGGUGGUGCGCCUGUACCUGGCCGUGCUCAGCGACCGCACGCCCGAGAACCUGCACGCCUUCCUCAUCUCUGUGCCCGGCAGCUUUGCCGAGAGCGGGGCCACCAAGAACCUCCUGGAGUCCAUGGCCCGCAACGUGGCGCUGGACGCGCUGCAGCUGCCCAAGUCCUGGCUCAACGGCUCGGCCCUCCUCCAGCACAUGAAGUUCAGCAGCCCUUUCUACUUCAGCUUCAGCCGCUGUGCCCUGUCCGGCGGCCACCUGAUCCGGCGCGUCAUCGACGGCGGCAGGGACCUCCGGAGCCUGGCCGGCCUGAACCUCAGCGGCUGUGCGCACUGCCUGGCGCCCGACUCCCUGCUGCGCAAGGCGGAGGACGACAUCGACAGUGGCAUCCUGGAGACGCUGGUGGCAGCCUGCGGCAACCUGCGGCACCUCAACCUCUCGGCUGCCCACCACCACAGCCCCGAGGGCCCCGGCCGGCACCUGUGCCAGCUGCUGGCCCGGCUCUGCCACCUGCGCUCCCUGUCGCUGCCCGUCUGCGCCGUCGCUGACUCGGCGCCGCGGGCCGACCGCGCGCCCGUCCAGCCUGCCACGCACGCCGUGCCCCGCGGCUUCGGCAAGAAGGUCCGCAUCGGCGUGCCGUCUGGCCCCGACCCUUUCUCCGGGCAGGCGGGCCCCCUGCCGUCCUCUGUGUUCUGGUCGCUGCUGAAGAGCGUGCCCUUCCUGGACCGCCUCGAGCUGAUCGGGUCCAACUUCUCGUCUGCCAUGCCGCGCAACGAGCCCGCCAUCCGCAACUCGCUCCCCCCCUGCGGCCGGGCGCAGAGCGUGGGGGACUCGGAGGUGGCCGCCAUCGGCCAGCUGGCCUUCCUGAGGCACCUGACGCUGGCCCAGCUGCCCAGCAUCCUGACGGGCUCCGGGCUGGUCAGCAUCGGCCUCCAGUGCCAGCAGCUCCAGUCCCUCUCCCUGGCCCACCUGGGCACGAUGGGCAAGGUGGCCUACAUGUCCGCCCUCUCGGACAUGCUGAAGCACUGCAGGCGGCUGAAGGACCUCAGGCUGGAGCAGCCCUACUUCAGCGCCAACGCCCAGUUCUUCCAGGCGCUGAGCCAGUGCUCUGCGUUGCAGCGCCUGUGCCUGGUGUCCCGCAGUGGCACCCUGCAGCCCGAGGCCGUGCUGGCCUUCAUGGCGCGCUGCCUGCACGUGGUCGUGUGCCACCUGUUCACCGGCGAGUCGCUCAGCACCUGCCGGAGCCUGCAGCAGUCCCUCCUCCGCAGUUUCCAGGCCGAGCGGCCCGCGCUGAACGUCGUCAUCUUCCCUCUGCUCCACGAGGGCCUGACCGAUGUCAUCCGAGACGUUCCCAUGGUGCACCUGGACGAGGUCACCUUAUUUAAAAGCAGAGUGGCCGAGGAGCCGCCAAAUCUGUGGUGGUGACCGGAGCGGGCCCCCACCUGC